AAGCAGACAUGCAGUGUUAGCUAUAAAUAUGUACUAAGGACACAUAUUGAUAUGUAUCUUUGUAUGUGCUACCACAGUCAGCAUACUCUCCUGAUUUUGCACCAUCGGACUGAUCAUUUCUUCCGUUUUCUUUUUUUUGGAUGGUAUAAAAUUUAAUUCAAAUGAAGCGCAAUAAAAAAUCACUUGCUCCAGUUUUUUGACAACAGUGAGAAGCACUUUUAUGAGCGUGGAAAUUUGAAAUUGUCCGGAAGAUGGUGAAAAGCAGUGGAACAAAAUGACCGAUAUACAGAGUGUUAAUUUUAAAAAUAUUUUUAAAAGUAAGAAAAGAUGACUAAAUAAAAUGUACAUGGUUUUAAGGCAUGCAACUGAUGGUGGUAAAAAAAUCUUUCGGAAGUGGUAGUUGGCGUCAAGAUGAGCCCAACGACUUACACACCAUUAUCUUGAAGUGGCUUUGUAGGCGUAGAAAUCAGUUUCAGUUCGAAGAAUGCAGAAACAGUAAAACGAAAAGGGCAAUAUUACCAUAUUUUAUUAAAUGCUAAAAAUACUGGCCGCCCACAGCAAGACGCAUCUGUACACGAUAAGUGAGUGGUUGCAUUUUUUAUGGCAUUGCCGCGAUUCAUAGUGAAACAUGCAUUCCGUAUUCGUUCUUUCAUAACUUCUGGAAUCGUGAGAACAUCGUUAUAAAUACUAGAUUUUAAAGUUCCUCACAAAGAGUAAUCUACUGAUGAUAAGUCGGGUGACCGUGCUAGCCAGUUAAUGUUUGCACCACGGCUUAUCCAUCAGUUGGAAAACAUGUCAUUUAAUAUACUUUGUACACUUCCAGCAUUAUGGGCAGGACAGCCAUCAUGUUGAUACCACAUUAAUAAUCGUUCUUGAUAUGGAACAUCAUCUAAUAGUUCGUUUAAGUUUACAAUAAGGAAUUCCUUGUACCUUUCAGCUUAAUGUACCAUUAAUAAAAAAUGGACCAAUAAUUUUGUCUUUCAAUAGGCCGCACCACAUAUUAACACUCCAAGGAAGCUGGAGUUCCACAGUUCUAAGCCAAUGAGGAUUCUCAGUAGACCAGUAAUGUAUCUUGUACCUAUUUAACCCUCCGUGAUUAGUAAAAGUUGAAUCGUUAGUAAAUAAUACGUUGUCAGAAAAGUUCAUAUUAUCUUGCAGACGUACCUUGCUACGGGAAGCCAGCAUUUUGAGCAUCUAAUAAAAUAAAGUGAUAUUGCCCUUUUCGUUUUAUUACUUCUGCAUUCUUCAAACUGAAACUGAUUUCUUCGUCUUCAAGGUCACUUCAAGACCAUGAUGUUCAUAUGCAGCUACGAUUGGGCGAAUUUACUGUUGAUAAACUUGAUUUAAUAGAAGAUACAAAAGGAAAUGCAGGAGAUACUGGAAGACUUAUAGUAACUAAUCUCAGAAUUAUAUGGCACUCUUCAUUUCUUCCCAGAAUCAAUCUAAGUAUUGGCUAUAACACCUUUAUAACAAUAAAUACUAAAACUAUACAUAGUUUGCAAGGAAAGCAUGUGCAAGCGUUACAUAUUUUAGCUUCCUUCCGACAUUGCAGAUAUGAAUUUCUAUUUACAAAUCAAGAUUUAAAAAGUACAAGACAUUAUACAUCUGUUAUUGGUGUUUACAGAGCAUAUGUUUCAUCAAAAAUUUAUCGAGAAAUUAAAUUGAGAAGUGGGAUAAUUAAUGAUAAACAAUUAAUAUUACUACCACUGGAAACAGUUCAUUCAACUUUGCAAGAUAUUUGGAAUUUAUCAUUAGAACAGGGAAAUGUUGGAACUUUUAUUGUAACAAAUAUACGUUUAGUUUGGUUUGCUGAUAUGAAUUAUCAAUUCAAUAUAUCAAUUCCUUAUCUUAUAAUAGCAAAUAUUACCGUUAAAAAUUCAAAAUUUGGUCCAACUCUAGUCGUUACUAGUACAGAAUCCAGUGGAGGAUAUAUAUUAGGAUUUCAAUUAAAUCCUAUCCAAAAACUUCAUACUGUUUAUAAAGAAAUUUUAAUGUUAUUAAAAGUGUUUGAAAAAUCUCCUAUUUUUGGUAUUGAUUAUACAUUUGAACAUGAGGCUCCAUUACAACAAUUAAACAUAGAACAACAAUCUGAGAUACAAGACAAUCAAACUGAAAUUUCAAAUGUGUUUGGUUAUUAUUUCUCUGAAGGUUUAAAUCAAAGAAAACCUAGUUUUUCGAUUUAUUUAGGUCUUGCAGCAGAAGAACCUCGAGAAACUAGUACACUACAAAGCCUAUGGGAACUUGUGCGUCAAACUUAAUUGAUAACAUUAAUAAACUUUAAAUAUUAUGUAAACAGCACUUUAUAUAUAUAAAAUUUAGAACAUAACUAAUGCUAAUACAUCACAUAAACUUUGAAUAUAAAAUAAAUAUAAAAGUUAAUUUUUUAUUUAUUUAUAAAUUAAAAUUAUAAUAUUUUAAAUUAAUGUAAAAAAAUUAUUACAAUAAAAUAUAUUAGUCUACA